AGUAUGUUUAGCAAAAUUAUCUGAAAUGAAAGUGGAAAAGAUUGUGGACAAUUUAUUGCACAUUUUACAACAGAGCAAUUUGAUGGCCAGAAGUGUCUAUCUUCCUACUCAACAAAUGAUGGAGCACCUGCUAGUCAAAUUGAUGGGAGCCAAACAUCUUUACAAGCAGACAACCAAAUACUGUUUCACAGCAUAUAUUCAUCUGAAGCAACAAUUGUCCAUUGGAACUCUAGUACCCCAGAAUCUGACUCUAAUGGCUCUCAUCAGCAGGUUAUGGGUUCUGGCAAAAACCUGUCUCCUCAAUUGCACAAGGUGGUAUGGAGAACUUUAUCCAUGUCUGGAGGUCUUUGUUCCUACUGUUCAUCCAUGGUUACCAGAUGGUGUAGUUUUACCAAACACAAUUGCAGAAUCAGAUGAUGAGCCGGAGCCAUUAGAUUUGUAUCAAAGUAAUACUUAUCAGGAGAAGUAUAUGGAAAGUGUUGAACCAAAGAAGAUAAAAUACUUUAUUUUUCAGAGAGAUAUUGUCGAGGAGGACAGAGAAGGUGAAUCAUAUGAUGAAGACAAUAACUGGCUUUCUGACACAAACGAUGAAUCUCAGAUAACAUCAUCACCAGGGGACAGAAAUAAAGUCACAAGUUUACACAAGGACACGAAGAAAGGUUGCAGUGAUUGUUUUUCAAAAAUGCAACAAUCAGAAAUUGGUGAGGAUGAAGGGGAACCAGUUUCUAGAGUUCAGCAUUUGAGUAUUGAAGAAAUAUAUUCCCGAAAUUCCAGUGAGGAUGAAGGGGAACCAGUUUCUAGAGAUCAUCAAAUUUCUAGUGAGGAUGAAGGGGAACCAAUUUCUAGAGUUCAGCAUUUGAGUAUUGAAGAAAUAUAUUCCCGAAAUUCCAGUGAGGAUGAAGGGGAACCAGUUUCUAGAGAUCAUCAAAUUUCUAGUGAGGAUGAAGGGGAACCAGUUCCUAGAAUUCAGCAUAUGAGUAGAAAUAAAACUGAAACACAUCUACCAAAUUCAAGGAAAGGUAAAGGAGAACCAGCUUUUGAGAAUGUUCAACAGCAAAAUAAAGACCCACAAUAUGUAAAUGAAUGUAAAUUUACUGAUUCUGGUCCAUCUGUGAAUGUAUCUAAAAGGAAGAUUCCUAAAGUCAAGAAUGAUCAGGGACAUUGUAUAUCUGGUGCUGUUUGUGGUAUGCCAGAAAUCACGGGACCAAGACAGAUGUUUUGUCACCUUGAAACUAAAGAGAGAAGUAUGCCUCAAGUCUUCAUCGAUAAUAAAGCUGUGAGGAAAUGCUCCUUUGAGGAACUAAUAACAAUACUAAAUGAUUUGCCUCUUGUACAUAAAGAGGAAAAGAAUCUAGUCCAGACUUAUAUUAAGUCGUUAAAGAAAUUGAAACAUGAAUCUCAUAAAAAUGUGCAUCCUCUCAGACAAAACAAGAAAUUAAAGAGUGCUCGGAAACUUGUGCUGCGAUUUUCUUCAGAUCUUGAUCAAUUAAGAAUCGUUUAUCAGGAGCAAGAGGAAGUGAAAAGGAAAGUGAAAGAGCAGCGGAAAAUAACAAAUACGCCAUCAAGGUUAGUGGAUGGAUAUGUAGCACCAAAGUCAGGAAAGAAAAGAAAACAAGAUUUCAAUCAUGAGGAAUGGGGAGAGAGUGAUGGAAAGAACAAAAAGAAGAAGGGAAAUGAAGAAGGAAAGGGACAAACACAAGAUAAUCAUAAAACCUUUUCCACUUCAAAGGAAAAUAGAAAUGGAUUUUUGAAAUUGGUAAAGCAAUGGAAGAAAAGUGUUGAAGUUUCUUCUACAGUAACACUUCAAGGAUUAGUUUAUGAUCUUAGCAAUCCUGCUAAAAGAAGAAAAUUCCUCAAAAAGUUGAAAAUUGUCAAGUGGAAGUUUUUAAACAGAGAAUUGACAGAAGAAGAGAGUAUCAGAGCAAUUGAUUCUCAAUUAAUCUCUUUAUAAAUGAACAUACAUGUAUUUUAGCUAAAUUGCAGAUGUAUUCCCUGUGUGUA